CCAACUAGCUUCAGUUCUUAGGGAAGCUGCAGUCUGAGAAGGAAACCGCAUCUUCAGACUUCUGCUCACCCACGAGAGGAGCUAGGGUCAUCGGACGCCUAAGAUCCUUUCACAUCGCUCCGACUCGCCGGGACACUGCUCACCAGUUUCCUCAGCCACAGCCCUACCUGUGAGCUCCGGACUUCCCCGGCUUCCAGUGGAUGCUCAGGCAGACUGCAGAGACCUAGCCUAGGACAGCAGUGAGAGGGACACUCCUCUCCUCUCCUCUAGUACCAGCGUCUCCCCCAAGGGGGACGAGCAUGGUGAUUGUGCCUUAAAGGACCUUGGCUCUGGAUGUCUGAGAAGAUGCUGGACAUGAAGCUGUUCACUUGCUUCUUGCAGGUCCUAGCUGGGUUGGCUGUGCAUUCCCAGGGGGCCUUGUCUGCUGGGAACAACUCAACAGAAGUGGAAGUGGUGCCUUUCAACGAAGUGUGGGGACGCAGCUACUGUCGGCCAAUGGAGAAGCUGGUGUACAUCUUGGAUGAAUACCCUGAUGUGGUGUCUCACAUAUUCAGUCCGUCGUGUGUCCUUCUGAGUCGCUGUAGUGGCUGCUGUGGUGACGAAGGUCUGCACUGUGUGCCGAUAAAGACAGCCAACAUCACUAUGCAGAUCUUGAAGAUUCCCCCCAACCGGGAUCCACAUUCCUAUGAGGAGAUAACAUUUUCUCAGGACGUGCUCUGUGAAUGCAGACCUAUUCUGGAGACGACAAAGGCAGAAAGGAGGAAAACCAAGGGGAAGAGGAAGAGGAGCAGAAACUCACAGACUGAGGAACCCCACCCGUGAUGCCGUUUCCCAGAGGUAACCAGCCACUCAGAGGAGAGCCCCACACCCAGCUCACAUAUUUAUUACCGUCACCCUCUCAGAACCCUCCCUGCUGGUACCUACCCUCUAUUUAUUAGCCGACUCGUCCCUGCUGAAUGACUUGCUCCCUCCAAGAUAAGGGGCAUGGAAGGACAAGACCCUCAGGAAUUCAGUGCCUUAAAACAGAACGAGAGAGAAAGCAAGAAGCCAGCCACAGAUCCGUGGGAGCUUCGGCUUGGGAAGAAGCAAGACAUAGACACGGCCUUACAAGGGGCAAGCUGCGCUCCAGAGGCCCUGGCUCUCCAGGGAACUGGAGAAGAGAAGAGGAGGCCUAGAACCUGCCCUGAUUCCCAGCUCCACCUAGACAGCAGCUCUGAUCCUGACUGCAUUGAAGGCAUGUAGAGGGAACCCAGUCUACUGUCUCCUGGAGAUCGGGACAGGACAUUCGGCUCUGGAGAGCAGAGCUUGCCUGUGGACUUUGCCUUUCAGCCUAGAAGUUUAUGCUUUACCCUUUACAAAGCACCACCACUUUGUCCCCUCUCUGGGACACAGGCAGAGUGGCCUGGGACUGAACAGAGGGCCGGCUGGAUGAGCACUAGCCUGUGGACUUUGACCACUGCAGGACUGGGCCAUGUGUCCUCGUGAUACAGCUACUGGAAGCGAGCCGACUCCUGGAGGGCCCUUGCAGCCCACCGGUUGUCUCUGCUGGGACUGUCUAACUGCCAAGCCAGAUUCUCUUGAAUAAAGCAUUCUAGUCUGGAA